AUGGCCCACGACCACGACCACGACCACGACCACGACCACGACCACGAGAGCCCGGAGCAGCUCGAGGUCAAGUUUGAGCAGCUGAGCUUGCUUGAGUCUGAGUUUGAGGACGCCGAGUCUGAAGUCAUCCGCAAGGCCGAGGCCAUCAAGGCUCCUCUCUACAAGAAGCGCACCGACUUCGUCGCCUCGAUCCCCCACUUCUGGUCGCUAGUCUUCGAGCAAUGUCCGCCAGAGGUCGAGAACUUCAUCCAGCCCAGCGACACCGAGGUCUUUGCAGACUGCUUCGAGUCGUUCGAAGUCUCCCGCUUCGAGGUUGACGACCCCAAGGGCUCGCCGCGCAGCUUCUCCCUCAAGUUCGGAUUCUCAGAGAACGAAUACUUCGAGGACAAGACACUCGAGAAGAAGUUCUGGUACAGACACACCAAGGACUGGGAUGGUCUCGUUUCAGAGCCUGUCAAGAUCCACUGGAAGAAGGGCAAGGACCUGACCCAGGGUCUGACUGAUGCGGCAGUCAAGCUUGCAGAGGCGAGGAAGAAGACCACAGACAGGAAGAAGGAGGUGGCUCUGCCAGAGUACAAGGACCUGGCCAAGAAGAUUGAGACUGCGACAGAAGCCUCCGUCAGCUUCUUUGGACUGUUCGCCUUUGUGUCUGGCUACCGGUGGGUCAGCGCCGAGGAAUCGGAGGAGGCUGUCAACAAGGACAAGGAGCAGCUGGCCAAGAUCAGGGCUGGCGAGUCAAUCGAGGAGGAAGAGGAUGAGGAUGACGAGGACCCCCAGGACUACCAGGAGACAGAGGUCUUCCCCGGAGGCGACGAGGUUGCUACCAUCAUCGCCGAGGACAUGUGGCCCAACGCUCUCCGAUACUACAAGCAACACUUCGAGGACGACGGCGAAGAAUUCGACGAUGAGGAUCUCUCGGAGCUGGACGUCGACAUGGAUGAAGACGACGAGUCUGGCGAGGAGGUCGACAUCCGCGCCUUAGUGGGCAAGGGCAAGAAGGAUGAUGCACCGCCUGCGAAGAAGCAGCGCAAGGCCUAG